UCAAAAGUGGCGGUUCACUUCCGCCGAAAUAGUCGUCCGAACAACUUGUGUGAAGAUGUCUGGAGAUAACGUGGAUGGCAAAGUUGCACCAAACAGCAAAAAUGUUUCACUGCCAAUGUCCCGAGUGAAGCUGAUAAUGAAAAGUUCUCCAGAUGUUUCAAAUAUUAACCAGGAAGCCCUCUUUUUAACAACAAAAGCAACGGAGCUCUUUGUACAGCAUCUAGCUCGGUCCUCGUAUAAGAAUGGAUCUGGGAAAGGAAAGAACACACUUUCAUACAGUGACCUCGCCAACGCUGCAGAGGGGACAGACAACUUCCAGUUUCUAAUUGAUAUCCUUCCAAAGAAGAUAUUGGCAAGGGAUUACCUGAAGUCUCUGGAAGAAAGGGGAGAGGAAGAUGAUAUCUAAUGAAAAUCUAGAGUUUGCAAACCUGGAUCUGUUACCACUCAGUAGCUCAGAUGGCCGAGUUCUCCAACCCUUUAGCAGCUACAUCAGCAACCACAGAAUCAGUGUGCUGGUUACAGAAAAUGUUCUCUUUUUUUUUUCCAGCCAAUCAAGGCACAGCUCAAAUAGCCUGAUAAGUUUACUUAAAAGCUGUGCUUGUGGAUUUGUUUUGUUUUGUUUGAUUUUGGCCUCCUUACUGCAAAUAAUGUCACAGUGAACUGAUACUCUCUUAAGAGGCACUGCAAGAGCCUGAUCAUGGGCAACACUGAUUAAUUUGGCUUCCAGUAAUUUACAGUUCACAUAGACAUUUAUUCAGGGAUGGAUCUCAACCUUAGCCAGGUCAUCCACAUACAUUGCGCUGUUUCAGGAUUUUACAUUCUCAGGUUAAAUGGUGCUUUACUGACAGAUUCCAUUGGUGCUUCCUGAGGCUUCCAUUCACAGUGUGAAAAAUCAAUCAAAAAAGGGGUACUGUGUGUUUAUUCUCAUUCUUGAAAACCAGUGGCAUUGACUGUUCAAAAAGCAGUCUUGAAUAUAAAAUACUACUGCAUUUGUGACCAAUACCUGAACUAAAUAUAACUCAGGGUAUUUCAUUUUUCUCUCUAUUAGAGGGCAAUAACACAAAAUUGUUUUUAAUACAUUUUUUUGUUUUUUUUUUUUUUUGAUAAUCAUAUUUGUUGAAUCCAAGAAAAAAGAUUCCCAGUCUCAUAUUUCUGCAGAGGGCAAAAAAAUGUAAGAAUUGUGCAAAUAAUCAUCUAGAUGAAUGGUAGGGGUUUUAGGAAUAUUUUUUUUUUAUUUAUUUAUGCUGUGAAACAUAUACCCUUUCAAUAUUUGUUCUCUAAAGAAUCAGUGGAACAUUUUGUAUAACUGCUCCUAUGUUUAACAGAGGUGAUGAAGUUGAGAUAUAGUUUGUCACUCUUCUUAACACCUGACUUUUUUUCUCAUGCAGAAAACAAAGUGCACUGGAUAUGAUUUGUAUAGCUGUUAACAAGUAGUGUAGUGUUCAUAUAUGUUUUUAUGAGGGUUGAGUCUGUACCAUGUAUGGAAAUAAACAUGUUUGCAUAGUG